ACAGCUGCCAUAGUGCCGCCGUGUCACUGCGCAACAACGCUUCAUUUCUUCUGUUCUAGUAGCAUCGUCUGUUACAGUUCGUGAAAGUGUGUCCGGUGAAGCCCGGAGUAAUAGUUUAAUAAAUAUCCAAUUAACGAUGGCGGAUAAUGAUGACCUUUUGGAUUACGAAGAUGAGGAACAGACCGAGCAGUUGGUCGAUGGAAGCAGAGAUGCUCCUGCCAAAAAAGAAGUAAAGGGCACAUAUGUAUCUAUUCACAGCAGUGGAUUUCGGGAUUUUCUUCUUAAACCUGAAAUACUACGUGCGAUCAUUGACUGCGGUUUUGAACACCCUUCCGAAGUGCAACACGAAUGUAUUCCUCAAGCAGUACUUGGUAUGGACAUCUUGUGCCAGGCAAAGUCUGGUAUGGGAAAGACGGCGGUGUUCGUAUUAGCAACACUGCAGCAGUUAGAAUUAACGGAAAACAAUCAAGUUUAUGUUCUCGUCAUGUGCCACACGAGAGAACUUGCUUUCCAAAUCAGCAAGGAAUAUGAAAGAUUCAGCAAAUACAUGCCUCAUGUGAAAGUGGGAGUAUUUUUCGGUGGUCUACCGAUUCAGAAAGAUGAAGAAGUAUUGAAGAACACGUGUCCUCAUAUCGUUGUGGGUACACCGGGGCGCAUUCUUGCUCUCGUCCGAAAUAAGAAAUUGAACCUGAAACAUUUGAAACACUUUAUACUCGACGAGUGUGACAAAAUGCUCGAACUAUUAGACAUGCGCAGGGACGUACAGGAAAUAUUUAGAAGCACUCCGCACGGCAAACAAGUGAUGAUGUUCAGCGCUACAUUGUCCAAGGAAAUACGUCCCGUCUGCAAAAAGUUUAUGCAAGAUCCCAUGGAAGUCUAUGUGGACGAUGAGGCGAAGCUCACGUUGCACGGUCUACAACAGCAUUACGUGAAACUGAAAGAGAACGAAAAGAACAAGAAGCUGUUUGAAUUACUCGAUGUACUUGAAUUCAAUCAGGUUGUUAUCUUUGUAAAAUCUGUACAAAGAUGUAUGGCGUUGGCACAACUCCUGACUGAACAGAAUUUCCCGGCGAUCGGUAUACACAGAGGUAUGACCCAGGAGGAACGAUUGUCGAGGUACCAACAGUUCAAAGAUUUCCAAAAACGAAUCCUCGUAGCCACAAAUUUAUUUGGACGAGGUAUGGACAUCGAACGUGUAAACAUAGUAUUUAACUACGACAUGCCGGAAGAUUCGGAUACGUAUCUGCAUCGAGUGGCUAGAGCCGGUCGUUUUGGCACUAAGGGGCUCGCAAUUACCUUAGUCAGCGACGAAAGCGAUGCCAAGAUUCUGAACGACGUUCAAGAACGAUUUGACGUUAACAUUACGGAAUUACCGGACGAGAUAGAUUUAGCUUCGUACAUCGAAGGACGAUAAACGUAAUUCCAUUUUCGAAAACUAUCAAUUUCUGACAUUCAGUAAUGCACAUGAAACCAAUCGGUACACUAUAUAUUUCUCAUUAUGUAUCUACGUUAAGCAUAACGCAUACUUCGAAACAAUUGAUGUAUACAUAUUUUCUAUGAUCUGACAAACCUUAUGAACACAUGAUCGUAAUCAAAUCAUUAUAGCUGAUUCAUUAUUCUUCUAAGGACUACAAUAAACAGUUCAAUGUUAUUGUACAAAUUA